AUGACCCGCACGGACCCGCCGGACCUGCUGGUGUCGACCGUGUACCAAGACAUCAAGGUGGCGGCCCCGGGGCCCGCGUCCAGGCGCCAACCAUGUGAGCGAUCCGUGGCCCGGCCUGCUGCACCCGCACCUUUCAACAAGCGCCACUGCCGCAGUUUCGACUUCCUGGAGGCGCUGGACGGGCCCGCAGCCAUGGAGGUCCACCCAGAGCCGCCACCCCCGGAGUCUGCCCCGCCCCGUUCCCGGCCCCGAGAUGGCGAGCCCCGACGUCGCGCCCGCUCCAAGAGUGCGCCACGUGCACCCCACGGCCUGGCGCCCGCGCCAGCCUCGCCGCCAGUGCUGCCACGCCGAGGCCGAGAGAGCCAGCGUGCGGCGCGAGCAGAGGGGUCGCCUCGCCGGGAGCCCUCGUAUCCCGCGCUGCGCGCGCUCGCCAACGAGCUGCACCCCAUCAAACUGCAGCCACAACGGGGCGGCCCGGGCCGCAUCGCGCCCCUGUGCGCCGCUCCAGGCCGCUGCGCACCGCCGGAGCCACCCACAGGGCCCGCCCCCCAUGUCCGCUGCCGCCUGGACAUCAAGCCUGAUGACGCAGUACUGCAGCACGCAGCCCGGGCCUCGCGGCCCUGCGCGCCCGCCGACGCCGCUCCCUGGGCCCGCGCCGCCACGCAGUUCCACGGCCUCACGGUUCCCGGGCCCCGCCACGUAGCCCUGUCACGCACUCCCACGCCCAGUGACUUGUACUGUGCUGAUCCCCGGGCGCUGUAUUGCGACGGACUCCUGCCUGGGCCCCGGGACUACGGGGAGCACCGCAGUCAGCCCUUCACAACGCCUCCAGGCCCCACUCAAUUCUUCUACACGGAGGAGCCCGAGGGCUACACGGGCGGCUUUACAGCCAGCCCGGGCCCUCCCUUCGAUGGCUACUGCUCCAGGCCCUACCUCUCUGAGGAGCCCUCUGGACCCAGUCCAAGGCGUGGGGGCGGCUACUAUGCAGAAGAAGUGCGCACCUUCCCGAUCCAGGAGCCGCCCUCCCGCUCCUACUACGGGGAACCUCCUCGGGCCUAUGGCCUGCCCUUUGGCCCCCGCUAUGUCCCCGAAGAGCCCCGUGGCCACCCCGGUGCCCGCUCCUUCUACACAGAGGACUUCGGGCGGUACCGUGAGCGCGACGCAAUGGCUCGAACUUACCCAUACCCGCGCAGCAGCCCGGCCUGGGCGGACUGGGGACCGCGGCCUUAUCGUACCCUGCAGGUGGCGCCUCCCGCCCCUGGCCCGUUGCUGGCCUCGUGGCAUGGCGGCACCGGCACCAGCCCUCCGCGGCUGGCCACCGACAGCCGCCACUACUCUAGAUCAUGGGACAACAUCCUGGCGCCGGGGCCGCGCCGGGAGGACCCCCUGGGCCGCGGCCGCAGCUACGAGAACCUACUGGGGAGAGAGGCGCGGGAGACACGGGGCGCAUCCCCCGAAGGCCGGCGCCCUCCCGUCGUAGUGAACCUGUCCACCUCGCCCAGGCGCUACGCGGCGUUGUCGCUCUCCGAGACGUCUCUGUCGGAGAAGGGCCGUGCGGGGGAGGGUCUGGGCCGCAACUGGUACGUCACGCCCGAGAUCACCAUCACCGACAACGACCUGCGUGCCGCCGAGCGCCCUGCGGCCAAAGGCUGGGAACUGCCAGGGAGCCGGUCGCGGCCGCCCGCACCCGCGGCCCCCGAGGGCCCCGCCUCCAGCCGCCAGCGCAGCCUCGAACAGCUGGACGAGCUCAUCACCGACUUGGUCAUCGACUCGCGACCUCCGGCCGGCCAGGGCCCGGAGCCUACGGCAGAGGGUCUGAGCCGCCAGCUGCGCCGCCUGCUGGACUCGCGGCCCGCGGGCCCUGGGGCUCCCGCACCCGUGCGGCCGCGCUCGCCCCCGGCCUCGGCCGGCAGCGCUGAGGAGCCCGCGGGCCCAGGGGAGGCGGCCGACGCGUCUCCGGAGCCCAGCGCCGAUGAGGACGACCUGAUGACCUGCUCCAAUGCGCGCUGCCGGCGCACGGAGACCAUGUUCAACGCCUGCCUCUAUUUCAAGUCUUGCCACAGCUGCUACACCUACUACUGCUCGCGCCUGUGCCGCCGCGAGGACUGGGACGCACACAAGGCGCGCUGCGUGUACGGCCGCGUGGGCAGCGUGUGCCGCCAUGUGCUGCAGUUCUGCCGCGACAGCGGCCCGGUGCACCGCGCCUUCUCGCGCAUCGCGCGCGUGGGCUUCCUGUCGCGUGGCCGUGGCGUGCUAUUCCUGGGCUUCCCGAGCCCAGGGUCGGCUGACAAUUUCCUACGCUUCGGCCUGGAGGGGCUGCUGCUGUCACCCACCUACCUGUCGCUGCGCGAGCUGGCUACGCACGCGGAGCCCCUGGGCAGCUAUGCGCGAGAGCUGGCAGCCGCUGGGCGGCUCUACGAACCGGCCGAGUGCUUCCUGCUCAGCGUGUCAGUCGCCGUGGGCCCUGGCGCCGCGCCCCCCGGGACCCCCGCCCGGCCGGUGCCCGCACCGCGUAGCCCCGGGCCGACGGUGCGCAAGUUCGCCAAGGUGGCCCUGGCGGCCGGCAGCCCAGCGCGACCGCCUCCUACGCGGGGCCGCGAGCCCGACAUGGAGACGCUGAUCCUGACGCCGCCGCCGGGUACGGCGGGCCUGGACCAGGAGGGCGAAGCGGGCCGGCGCGCGCGCGAGGUGGCCUUCAUCCAUAUUCAGCGCGAGCUGCGCUUGCGCGGCGUCUUCCUCCGCCAUGAGUUUCCGCGUGUCUACGAGCAGCUCUGCGAGUUCGUCGAAGCCAACCGGCGCUUCACGCCCACCACCAUCUAUCCCACCGACCGGCGCACUGGGCGCCCUUUCAUGUGCAUGAUCAUGGCUGCUUCCGAGCCGCGUGCGCUCGACUGGGUGGCUAGCGCCAACCUGCUGGACGACAUCAUGUGAGCCGCGGGGCCACCAGGACCAGGCUGAAGCUCUGCCUAGCC